GGUUCCCUCUCCUCCACCCCGCUCAGCACGCCCUGCUCCUCCGUGCCUUCCUCGCCCAGCUUCUGCGCUCCCAGUCCCGGUGGGCAACCGGCUGCCGGUCCCCCGACGACCACCGCCGCCUCCCUGGGCUCCAAACCGCAGCUGGAGGAGCUGUAUUGGAUGUCGGGUUACCAGCAUCACCUCAAUCCCGAAGCUCUCAACCUGACGCCGGAGGACGCGGUGGAAGCGUUGAUCGGUGCCCCUCACCAUCAUCAUCACCACCACCAAGGUUACGAGCCUUUCCGACCUCAGCCUUUCGGUGGCGAGGAGUUGCCACCGGCUGCCCAU